AUGACUUCAAUGGGAUUCCCCUUCAAGCUGGACGUGCAGUGGCAAGUGCUCCAAAAUAUGUCACCCGAGCAUGUCAUCAAUCAUCCCUGGAUCAAAGCACAGUUCAUCGAUCGCGAGAACCUCGACAUUCGAGGCAUGGAUCAAGAGACGUCCCGUUGUUUGGCCGUUGUCAAUCACCCUGACCAUCUUUUUGAUCUUCGUACUUCGCGAGAAGGAUCGAAGAACCAGCGCGCGGCUCCCGAGUCGGCGCUGGUCUCAACCAAACCUGUGGUGGAUGCGAUCGUCCCCAAACCUGGCCCCCCAAAGCCGGCUGGAGGACUGUCCAUGUCUCACCACGCUGUCCUCAAUGCACAGGGCUCGUCAUCAUCACCUCGUCCUAACCUGCCUAUCAAGCCGGUUCUGCCUGCGCGCCCUCGCUCACCCGACCCUCUGACCAAGCUGGCCGACGUGCCGAACGAGGAGCUGCCUCAAGAUGUCGAUGAACUACCGGAGUUUCGUGCGGACUUUUUCAAACACUGGUACAAGGAGGUUCUCUCGGGUCUUCCAUCGGAGUAUCACAUCCGAGAUGUCAGUCGUCGCGCACGUCCCGGCAAGAUCCCUCAACAUGCGUUGAAUGCUCGGCCGACCGAUCACUACACGGAACAAUUCCGCUUGUUCCCAUUGAGCUACAACGAAGCCUGCUCUCCGACAUUGGGUGGCAUGCUUCCAACGAAAUGGAGAGCUGGUUGGACGACGAAGGACCUCCAAACCCUCCCGCGUGCAGACUUCUACUGGAUCGACCUCCCACUCUACAACCCGGAAUGGCGCGAAAAAUGCCCUCUCGCCUGGAUUCUCCUCGAAGAGUGGCUCGACUUCAACAUCCGCGUUCGCGAAUUUUUGCCAUACAACUGAGUGGCAACGCGGUGUGAUAUGCAGCACAGCUCCCGGGCUGGGCGGCAUCAUCAAGGGGAGGGGGGGAAGGGGGAGGGAAGGAGUGUUUGCUGAGAUGGAUACAUGCCCACUGAUGAGACUCGGAUUCAAGCUACGUAGUGGACAGACCAUCAUCACGUAAAUGAUAAGAUGCAUGCUUGCUCAAUUUUUAUUCCUCCCCAUUCGGAACUACCUUACCGUAUUACAUGUACAAUCCAACCCCCGUGAGUUUGUUAAAAGAGUGCAUAGGCUGCGCCAGCAAGGGCUUAAGAACGAAUG